UGAAGAAAGGUGGUUUAGGCACACCCGGACUCAGAAAAUCCUGGGAACAGGGGGGUUUGGGCAAUGUCAGCCUCCCAAUAAACCAGGAACAGGGGGGUUGGGAUGUCCCAGAACAACAAAAUCCUGGGAAAUAGGGUGCUAUUUAAUCCUAGACCCCUAAAUAUGUGAGAAUUGGGGUUGGGCACUCCCAGUUCCUCAAAUCUUAUAAAAGAGUAGUUUGGGCACCAUCAGCAUCUAAAAAACACGGAAACAGGGGGUUGGGGACAUUCAGACCCCAAAAGCCUUUGGAACACGGGGGUAUGGGGUCUCCUAGACCGUAAAAAUCCCAUGGACAGUGGUGUUGGAUCACUCCCAGACCCCAAAAUAUCGGAAAAGAGGGGCUUGGACACGCCCCCAACGGCCCUCAGCCAAUCCCAAAGCGCCCACGCCGCCCGCGCCCAAUCCCAGCGCGCCGCGCUGAUGACUCAUCAGUCGCCGGGAAGACCAGGCUCCAACACGGCCCCAAACCGUCGCCAGGCUUUGCCCUCAGCCAAUCCGAGCGCGCCCAAAAACCCCCAAAACGGCGCCGCCCGGCUGGUUUUGGGCUGUCAGCAGCUGGCGCUGGGCAUGGAGCGUGUGCGGGGAGCUGGGGCCGUGCUGGCGGUGCUGGUGGUGCUGGGAGCCCCCCCGGCUGCGGGCGAGGAGCUGUCGGGGGUGUUCCAGAGGAUGGGAAAGUUCGAGUGUCACUUCAUCAACGGCACCAAGCGGGUGAGGUUCUUGCAGAGAUCCUUCUACAACCGGGAGCAGUACAUGGACUUCGACAGCGAUGUGGGGGUCUAUGUGGGGGACAACCCGUUUGGGGAGAUCCAGGCCAGGUACUUCAACAGCGACCAGGAAGAGCUGGAGCGCCAAGGAUCUGCAGUGGACAUAUACUGCCGGCACAACUACUAGGUGUCCAACCCGUUCCUGAUGAA